CACCUUUUGAGGUUCCCUGUUCUUCUUGCACUGUCUCUCUCCUGUAGGAGCUGAUCUGUCUUGGACCAGAGAAUGUGGAAGGUUGUGUGGGCAGCUCUGCUGCUUCUGGCCACUGUGUGUGUCCAGAGAGGGUAUGCCAAGGGAGCACAGAGACUGGGGCACGUGUCAGUGGUCAUAGUGGGAGGUACAGGUGACUUGGCUAAGAAGUACCUGUGGCAGGGCUUUUUCCAGCUGUACGCUAACCAGGUAAGUAGCGGCUACAGCUUCUCCUUUUAUGGCGUAGGCCUGUCGCCCAAGAAUAAGGCCACGCCGAUCCUGUUUGAAGUGCUGAAGGGAGUGGUCUGUCCUCGGGAGUUGUCUGUGGAGCGCUGUGCCCUGGUGAAGGAGCAGUUCCUGAGGCUGGCUGAGUAUCGGCAGCUGAAGACUUCAGAGGACUACCAGGCCCUGGGCAAACACCUGACAGAUCAUCUGACGCAGGAGGGCAUAGUGGAGGCAGGCAGGCUGUUCUACUUGUCAGUGCCAGCCUUCGCUUAUGCGGACAUUGCAGAAAGGAUCAGCGACAGCUGCAGACCGACCGAUGGGGCGUGGUUGAGGGUGGUACUGGAGAAGCCGUUUGGCCAUGAUUUCAGUAGCGCCCAACUCCUGUCCAGUCAACUGGGUACCUCCCUCAAAGAUGACGAGAUGUACAGGAUCGAUCACUAUUUAGGGAAGCAGGUGAUGUAGUAGGGCUCCUGAUCAGUCCAUACAUAGUAGGUUACACUUUAACACAAUUCUUCACAUUUGAAGCAGAUCUUUGGUUUAAUUACGCUGACCGUCCUGAAAUCGGGCACUAGAAUUACUUUUUAAAAAAUGUAUGUUUACAUGACUUCUUUUAUUGAUUUCCCACCGUUUUUAUAAGUCAGAAGACAGCCAUCCAGAGCUUCCUAUGACUAUGUAAACGUCUUCUGUCUCAUAAACUUGUAUUUGCCUCCCUCUGGUGGUUGGCUGCAUAAUGACAUCAAUUUAUAUCACUUCAUUGCAACGUUACAUCAAAGGGGCGGUCCUUAGAAAAACAUUUAUCCAGCUCGACUGCUUCACGGCACAGACAUGGCAAAGCAAUCGCUGAAUUUGUCUUGAGCAGGCGGAUCUAAAUACAUAACUUUCAUGGCUCUACUUUCAUGGCUCUACACUUCCUUAAACCUAAAAUAAGUAAAGAAUUGGUGUGGAAGUCAAACAUUUGUUUUACAUUAGAGGCGGGACACAUUGCAUAUGCUCAGAAUGAAAUCGAUCCCUUUACAUAGCCCUUCUCCCUUUGUCUAUAGGAGGGACGCACGCUGUUUAAAUGGCCUAAAUGUUGAUUUAGACUGUCCAAAAUCUGUUACAUUUGUGAACAUCACUAAUGUCAUGAUAUGUUUGGUAAAGUAAUAAAAAAGGUGAAAUAUUUUCUGUAGAUGUUCCUAAAACAGAUUAUAAGUAUAUACUGUAUUGGCAUAAUUUAUAAAGUAUUAAAGGCUUAUUCAUUCACAUAUACAGUGGGGAGAACAAGUAUUUGAUACACUGCCAAUUUUGCAGGUUUUCCUACUUACAAAGCAUGUAGAGGUCUGUAAUUUUUAUCAUAGGUACACUUCAACUGUGAGAGACGGAAUCAAAAAAAAAAAUCCAGAAAAUCACAUUGUAUGAUUUUUAAGUAAUGAAUUUGCAUUUUAUUGAAUGACAUAAGUAUUUGAUACAUCAGAAAAGCAGAACUUAAUAUUUGGUACAGAAACCUUUAUUUGCAAUUACAGAGAUCAUACGUUUCCUGUAGGUCUUGACCAGGUUUGCACACACUGCAGCAGGGAUUUUGGCCCACUCCUCCAUACAGACCUUCUCCAGAUCCUUCAGGUUUCGGGGCUGUCGCUGGGCAAUACAGACUUUCAGCUCCCUCCAAAUAUUUUCUAUUGGGUUCAGGUCUGGAGACUGGCUAGGCCACUCAAGGACCUUGAGAUGCUUCUUACGGAGCCACUCCUUAGUUGCCCUGGCUGUGUGUUUUCGGGUCGUUGUCAUGCUGGAAGACCCAGCCACGACCCAUCUUCAAUGCUCUUACUGAGGGAAGGAGGUUGUUGGCCAAGAUCUCGCGAUACAUGGCCCCAUCCAUCCUCCCCUCAACACGGUGCAGUCGUCCUGUCCCCUUUGCAUAAAAGCAUCCCCAAAGAAUGAUGUUUCCACCUCCAUGCUUCACGGUUGGGAUGGUGUUUUUGGGGUUGUACUCAUCCUUCUUCUUCCUCCAAACACGGCGAGUGGAGUUUAGACCAAAAAGCUCUAUUUUUGUCUCAUCAGACCACAUGACCUUCUCCCAUUCCUCCUCUGGAUCAUCCAGAUGGUCAUUGGCAAACUUCAGAUGGGCCUGGACAUGCGCUGGCUUGAGCAGGGGGAACUUGCGUGCGCUGCAGGAUUUUAAUCCAUGACGGCGUAGUGUGUUACUAAUGGUUUUCUUUGAGACUGUGGUCCCAGCUCUCUUCAGGUCAUUGACCAGGUCCUGCCGUGUAGUUCUGGGCUGAUCCCUCACCUUCCUCAUGAUCAUUGAUGCCCCACGAGGUGAGAUCUUGCAUGGAGCCCCAGACCGAGGGUGAUUGACCGUCAUCUUGAACUUCUUCCAUUUUCUAAUAAUUGCGCCAACAGUUGUUGCCUUCUCACCAAGCUGCUUGCCUAUUGUCCUGUAGCCUAUCCCAGCCUUGUGCAGGUCUACAAUUGUAUCCCUGAUGUCCUUACACAGCUCUCUGAUCUUGGCCAUUGUGGAGAGGUUGGAGUCUGUUUGAUUGAGUGUGUGGACAGGUGUCUUUUAUACAGGUAACGAAUUCAAACAGGUGCAGUUAAUACAGGUAAUGAGUGGAGAACAGGAGGGCUUCUUAAAGAAAAACGAACAGGUCUGUGAGAGCCGGAAUUCUUACUGGUUGGUAAGUGAUCAAAUACUUAUGUCAUGCAAUAAAAUGCAAAUUAAUUACUUAAAAAUCAUACAAUGUGAUUUUCUGGAUUUUUGUUUUAGAUUCCGUCUCUCACAGUUGAAGUGUACCUAUGAUAAAAAUUACAGACCUCUACAUGCUUUGUAAGUAGGAAAACCUGCAAAAUGGCAGUGUAUCAAAUACUUGUUCUCCCCACUGUAUUUAAAGAAAAACCAUAUUUUUUAUUUUUUUAAAUGUUUUUUUUAUACUUACACUACCGUUCAAAAGUUUGGGGUCACUUAGAAAUGUCCUUGUUUUCGAAAGAAAAGCCAUUUUUUGGUUCAUUAAAAUAACAUCAAAUUGAUCAGAAAUACAGUGUAGACAUUGUUAAUGUUGUAAAUGGCUAUUGUAGCUGGUAACGGCUGAUUUUUAAUGGAAUAUCUACAUAGGCGUACAGAGGCACAUUAUCAGCAACCAUCAGUCCUGUGUUCCAAUGGCACGUUGUGUUUGCUAAUCCAAGUUUAUCAUUUUAAAAGGCUAAUUGAUCAUUAGAAAACCCUUUUACAAUUAUGUUAGCACAGCUGAAAACUGUUGUGCUGAUUAAAGAAGCAAUAAAACUGGCCUUCUUGAGACUAGGCCCAGGAGCACAACUGAGCAAGAGGACAAAUAGUUUGAGAAACAGGCGCCUCACAGGUCCUCAACUGGCAGCUUCAUUAAAUAGUACCCGCAAAACACCAGUUACAACGUCAACAGUGAAGAGGCGAGUCCGGGAUGCUGACCUUCUAGGCAGAGUUUUCAAAGAAAAAGACAUAUCUCAGACUGGCCAAUAAAAAUAAAAGAUUAAGAUGGCCAGUCUGAGAUAUGGCUUUUUCUUUGCAACUCUGCCUGUGGGGGGACACACUACUAAAUUAAUAAAAUAUUCCCCUCUUGCAAGAUUGAUGACUAAAACCUUAGCGAAGCAGUGCAAAACGAUUUGUCAGUUCAACUGGUUUUAAUUCUAUUGUUUGUUUUUAUACUCAAAAGGUUGUCUCUAAGAUUUUGCCAUUCAGAAGGGAGAACAGCAAGCAUCUGGAUCCUAUCUGGAACAAGCACCACAUUGAGAGAGUGGAGAUUGUACUGAAGGAGACCCUGGAUGCCAAAGGUACUCUAUGGUCCCAGGAAACGGACCAUUUCACAUUUUAUGUUAGUGAAAGCAAGUGUAUUAACCCCCUCUAUAAAAAUAUGUGAUGGUGAUAGUAACAUCACCUGUCAGGAAGUUUUUGAUUGUUUGAUUUAUUUCUCCCCUUGUCACAGGUCGCAUCCCCUUCUAUGACCAGUACGGUGUGAUCAGAGACGUGAUACAAAACCACCUGACUGAGGUCAUGACCCUUCUGACCAUGGAGCUCCCAUCCAACCUGAGCAACACUAAGGAGGUCCUCAAGAACAAGCUGAAGAUCUUCAGUGCCUUGCAGCACCUGGACAGGAACUGUGCUGCCAUUGGUCAGUACCAGGCCUACAAUGCAGAGGUACAGGAAGAACUGAACAAAACAAAGGAGCACUUCAGCCUCACCCCCACCUUCACUGGUAAGUGUCAUGAGAAUGUUUGCCUGUAGGAAGUCUUCUCUUCAGCCUGUGCAUUACAGGAGUAUUAAAGGAGGAAUUUGUAUUGUCAUAUAGUAGUAACAAAUUAUUAGGGCCAUGUGUUUUGGGUAAUGAUGUCACAUGACCUGGUUUUUAACCUUUAUUUUAAGCUUUUUCAUCAAAAUGUAUUUCUUUUCAGGUUAGAUGGUCCAGCACUAUCCUCAGACAAUUGCUUUCAUUUUUGGUGUAAUUCUGAUUUCUUGAAAAGGCUUAAAAUAAAGGUUAACAUCUCAGUCAUGUGACAUGAUAGUCCAAAACACAGGGCCCUACAUAUGAUACAUAUUUUUUGUGUGAUUUUUUUUUCAGUGAUAAAACUGUUUGUUUUUCUAUUUCAGGUGUAAUGGUGCACAUUGACCUAGCCCAGUACGAGGGCAUGCCAGUCAUCCUAACCUCAGGGAAGAUGCUGGAUGAGCGCGUAGGCUACGCUCGCAUUAUGUUCAAGAAUGACAUCUUCUGUAUCCAGAGCCACAGCAGUGUCCACUGCAAGCCCAAGCAGAUUGUGUUCUACUUUGGCCACGGCACUCUGCAGUACCCAGCCAUUCUCGUGAGUAAGAACCUGUUCAAGCCAGACCUGAUGGACACUGAGUGGAAGGAGGUAACGGAACACAAAGAUGUCAGGGUAUUAGGUUUGCCCAUCUCAGACUACUACGUGCUGAUGCCAACGGUGGAGAGAGAGGCUUACGCAGAACUCAUUUCGCACAUCUUCCAAGGCCGGAAAGACAGCUUUAUCAGUGCUGAGAACCUGCUGGCCUCCUGGAGUUUCUGGACACCUCUCCUGCAGAGCCUGGCCAACACCUUCCCCCGCCUGUAUCCCGGGGGAGCGGACAACGGCAACAUGCUGGACUUCAAACUUUUGGGACGGGAGGUGACCUUCGCCAAUGAGGCAGUGGUCAUGGUCACCCAGGACCACAUGGGCGGGUCUGGGGCGGAGAGCUUCCAGGUGAUGCAGGGGAAGUACCGCAGCGCUGACAUGGUGUCUGCCUGGCCCGAGGAGCUCAUCGUGCGGCUGGCCGCAGACCUGCAGGCUGCAGCGGAGAACGCGGUAAGGGAGGGCGGACGCUUCCACCUGGCCCUCUCCGGGGGCUCCAGUCCCCUAGCUCUGUUCCAGAGGCUGGCCCGCCACCACUACUCCUUCCCCUGGAGGGACACCCACGUGUGGAUGGUGGAUGAGCGAUGCGUGCCUCUUACAGAGUUGGACUCCAACUUCCGCACCCUGCACGACCACCUGCUCAAACACGUGAAGAUGUCCUACUUCAAUAUCCACCCCAUGCCAGUGCAGAUGAACCAGCGGCUGUGUGUGGAGGAGGAUAGUGGAGCGCUGCUCUAUGAGAGAGACAUCACCCAGCUGGUUAACGCUUCCAGCUUCCACUUUGUCCUGCUGGGAGUGGGCUACGACGGCCACACUGCCUCUCUGUUCCCAGGCAGCAAACUAGACGCCAGUGGGAACAGUCUAGUAGCCCUCACCGAGAGCCCAGCCAAGCCUCACCAGCGUAUGAGCCUCACCCUCAAGGCUAUCAACCAGGCCCAGAAAGUAGGUGUGCUGGUGAUGGGUAAGAGCAAACAUGAGCUGGUCACCCAGCUCAGCCGAGUCAAGGACAACCCAAACAAUUGGCCCAUCACUGGGAUCCGGCCGACCAGUGGCAGGCUAGUAUGGUACAUAGACUAUGAUGCUCUAUUAGGAUAGGGGAUACUGUAGCAAUGAAAUGAUGUACAUUUAAAUGGAUACAAUUUAUGAUUUGUGUAAUUUUGAUCAAGAAUUUAAAGUAAUGAUAAAGUUCUGUUGAUUCUGGGCACCUUACUUAAAGUUGAAAGUAGAAAUGGUAUACUGGUGGUAUAUGUUUUCUUUUUCAAUAUACAAGAUGUAGGGUUAAUGUUGUGUGUGUGUGAUGCGCGCAUGUAUGUUAAAGAAGUAUGAUUGUUUAUGUUUACCAAAUGGACAUCUCAGGAAAGCAAAGUAGAUAUGGAAGUUUGUUUUUCAGAUCAUGAAUAAUUAUUAAAGACUGACUAUAUUUUAUAUAAUUGUAAAAACUGUAUAUUUUCUCAUAAGGCUACCUGUUCUCCACUGAACCAGCAUAGAAUAGGAUUGUUAAAAGGGGAUUUUGAACUGUGAAAGGCCAAUAAUUUAGGUAGAAAUUAAUGGUCAACAGAUAAUGUAGGCUAUAGCCAUGUAUUAUUGUAUUUGUGCCUCAAUGACAAAUGAAAUCAAACUGCAUAAUGUAAUGUACUGUCCAGUACAUUCAAUUACCAAAAAGCACAUUCCGAUCAAUUGCUGCUUUUGUUUUAAUCUUUGCUCAUGAAUUAAAAAAACUAAAAUGAUGAUCUAAUGUAUUACUUGAUAGCUAUGUAAAAUGU